CGAAACGCUUCAAAUAUUAAUUCAUAUUUUCUAAAUGAUUGAGGCAAAAUAAAAAUGCGCGUGCGCCGCUCUCUCCUAUAGACGGGUCGGAGACUGAUGCUGUGCUGUCUGGACUGCGACCAACAAUUUACUAUUAAGAAUAAUAGUCAAGUUUAUAAUUGUUAAUAUUCUAAAGACAGUCUUUAAGACGUAUGCAGCAUACCAAAGAGACAAUCCGCCUUCUGAUUAAGAAGCGGUCCUUUUAAUACAGUAACGCUAUCAUGUGUGUCGGAUGAGAGCUCUGUCUUCACUCUCAUUUUCUCACAGAGAUUUGAUUGAAUUUUACAGCAUCAUGGAGAAUCUGUUGCUGUUUUUCAUUUUCUCGUUAAGUUUAAAUGCUGUUUUUGGUGAAGAUGUUUCAGUGCUGGAGGGAAAUGUAGUCUCAUUUAAAACUGGAGUUACUGACAUGCGUAAAGUUUAUCUGAUCUGGUUGUAUGGAGGUGCUAUUAUAGCUAAAAUGAAUGAAGGAGAUAUUAAUUUGUAUGAUACUGAUGAUGGGAUAUUUGAAGACAGACUUCAGUUGGACAAUCAGACUGGAUCUCUCACUAUCAGUGAUAUCAGAACCAAACACGCUGGACUUUAUCAACAAAAAAUCAUCACCAAUGAAACAUUAAUCAAAACAUUCAGUCUUACUGUACAAAAUGUGUUUUUUGCUGGAGUAGAAAACAGAAGAGAAGGAGAUUCGGUCACAUUGAACACUGGAGUGACUGAAAUAAAGAAACACAAUCAAAUGAAGUGGAUGUUUGGACCUUCAAAUCCAGACAUCCGUCUUGCUGAAAUCAUCAUAAAUGAUAGCAUCUCAUAUGAUUUUGAUGAGAGAUACAGAGACAGACUUCAUGUGGAUCAUCAGACCGGAUCUCUCACCAUCAAAGAUCUCAAAACUACAAACACAGGAGUUUAUCAACUACAGAUCUCCAACAUCAAAGAGACCAUAUACAAGAGAUACAAUGUGUUUGUGGCCGCUGCAGAACCAGGACUGUCUGCAUUAUAUACAGGACUGAUAUGUGCUGCUGUCCUGUUGCCUAUACUGGGAGUUAUAAUACUGGUUGUGGCUAUUGGAUAUAGGAGGAAAUACUCUCAGCUCAAAGAUGAAAUGAAGACAGUGUCAGUGAUUGAGGGAAAUUCUGCAACAUUGAAAACUGGAAUCACUGGAAUACAAGACCAUCAUAAAAUAAUCUGGAGGUUUGGAGACAAAGGCCCAAUGAUCGCUCAGAUCCGAAAGACCAAUGAUAACCCAUAUGGUGAUGAUGAGAGAUUCAAAAACAAACUUCAUCUGGAUAAGAAGACUGGAGAUCUUACAGUCAGUGAUAUCAGAAUUGAGAUCACUGGAGAUUAUCACCUGGAGAUCACCAGAAGAAACAAAAUCACUCAAUCAGAGAGAUUCAAAAUUGUUGUCCAAGACAAAUUAAAGGUCACAAAAGGAGAGUCUGUUAAACUACAGACAGGCAUUUCCGAACUACAAGACGAUGAUAAGAUACAGUGGAGAUUUGAAGUUAAUGGAAAGAGCAAUGCGAUCUCAUUAAACUGUGAUGAUGAGAUAUUCAGAAACAUGAAGUUGGACCGUCGGACUGGAUCUCUCACCAUCACAAACAUUGAAAACGUACAAUCUGGAGUUUAUGAAAUACAGAUUAAGAACAGAAAUACAACUUUAUAUAAGAAAUUCAAGGUUCUCAUAAGGGAUAAUAAAUUAAAACAUUCAGUGGGAGAUUCUGUGACUCUAGAAACUGAAGUCAUCGAGCUGAAGGAAGACCAUCAGAUACUGUGGACAUUUGGAAAUAAAAACACCCCUAUAGCUGAAAUCAACCGAGUCAGCGGUCGUCUAUAUGUAUAUGAUGGUAAUGAUGAGAGAUUCAGAGACAGACUGACGCUAAAUGAACAGAAUGGAGAUCUGACCAUCACAAACAUCAGGAGAGGACAUUCAGAUGUUUAUAAACUGCAGAUCAACAGCAGAUCAGGGGGCACAUGCAAGAGUUUCAUGCUAAUUGUAAACGAGAACCUGAUGUCAGUGAUGGAGGGAGAAUCUAUUACACUAUUCACUGAUCUUACUGACAUACAGGGUGAUGAAGUGAUGAUACUGUGGAUGUUUGGACCUGAAGACAGUCUCAUAGCUAAAGCUAAUAAUAAGAAGAAAAAGAGUAAGGUUCAUGAUGGUGUCGACGGGAGAUUUAAAAACAAACUCGAGCUGGAUCAGACUGGAUCUCUCACUAUCAGAGACAUUAACACUGAGCUCACAGGACUUUAUAAACUACUGAUGAUCAGCAACAGAGAUACCAAAUACAAGAAAUACAGAGUUACUGUCCAUGGUAAUCGAGCAAGAGCCUGGGUGCCAGAUCAUAGAGAGAUUGUGUCAGAGGGAAUUCCUUUACUUCACAUAUAAACCUCACAACUCUUGUGAAAUUUUGGAAAUUCUCAUCAUUUUAAUGUUGCAAUCUGUAACAUUUUUUACUGUUCAAAAGUAACAAAAAAUGUGUUCAAAAUC